AUGUUUCACCAACGAACCACAACCGCCAUCCUGUGUGUCCGUGUGCGGAACUCCGCUGUCGGGAAACACCGAGCGCGUACAAAGGUUCCGGCCCGCGGUCAGGAAACAGAUUCUGAGAAGAGGGAGCAGUUCUCAGAGUUUGCGGUUUUGUUUUACACAUCAUCCCAACUGAGGCCCAUAAUCUCAAAACCUCUCGCCCCUGCAUCAGAUCUCAGCUUCCUCAGCAACAACACAGGCACCCUGAAAGGAUGCAGUUUGGUACGGCCUUUCUUAAAGCUUAAUUACACACACACACAGAGAGAGAGAGAGAUGUCUGCCUUACCAGCUGAAGGGGAAUGGAAAACAAUCAGAAAGAAAAAAGGAGUAAAGAAACGGAGAGAAAAUGCCAGAGAGGUUCCCCACGCGGUGGAAUAUCCGAGUGUGGCUGAAGGAGAGAGAAUCCAACAGAAAAUAAAGGAAGCAGUAGAGGAACUGCAAAUUUCAGAAUUCUGGAUUGAUUGCCUCGAAACCUUUCAAAGAGUUGUGAAUAUGCAUCAUACAGAUCAACUUGUAUCUCCAUCAAGUCCCUUCCCUAUUGGGGAACCUCCAGAUUACCUUGGACACAAAAAGAACAAUACAGACCAUCAUCGAAAUACGCUUAACUCAGUAUGUUAUGGAAUCGGAAACUUUUCUAGUUCCAUAUCAUCUCGUUAUCAGCUGGCCCUACUGUUCCUGCUGCUAGAGACACUACAGAUCCCUCGAGAUGGCUGUCUUCUCUUUGAUCCACUAUUUACAGAAUGGGAGAAGAAAUUCUUGAAGGAUUGUGGGAUGGUGGUGCUUGAGGAAAAUGAGGAAGGGAAGCGGUCCAUCGACAGGCCAACGCUGUUCUACAUGAUUCACUGUGGUAAAGCUCUCUACAAUAACCUCUUGUGGAAAAAUUGGUCACCACAAAAACUUGCACAAACUAUUCUCAUUGGAAACAGUUUCAAAGGGAUAGAGGAGAGAAUACCAGCCCGAGUGCUGAAGAGGGACUAUACGUACAUUAAUCAUGUAUUGGCAAUAACUGAAGAGGUCGCGUUCCCCUCCAGCAGUAGAUACAUGGAUGUAUUUAAUGAUACCUCCAUUCAUCAGUUUCCUAGAAAAAAACUCGAUUCACAGCCCAUGGAGUUUUGGGAAGGUCCUACUGAACCCACAUAUCAGGAAUGUGAAGACUUGGAAAUUAUUCAAAAGGGCAUGGAAUGUUUUUUAGUUUCAUAGCUGGGAAAGUAGUUGGAGUGAACCAAGUUUCAAAGCCCAUUGAGGUAAAAGCAUCUGGGCAAAGAUUACCUAUGGAACCAUCGAUUUCACUCUUUCAGGGUCAUAAUGAUCCGAAAUCCAAGUUUAGUUACCUUGGUAAAGAAUACUUUCAAGAGGAAAUUUUUAAUUCCCUCCACCUCUCACAAACCUGGAAUUAAAAUUGUGCAACUCUG